AUGGACGGUUUGAAGAUUGAGCAAUUACAAUCUCUUCAGUCGAAAGACCAAGCGGCACUCCUCGAUACAGUCGAUGAGAUUCGUCGUCAUGGCGUGAACCGUUACGUGUCUCUGCCUCAACUCAUCGUCUGUGGAGAUCAGAGCUCUGGCAAAAGUUCUGUACUAGAGGCAAUUUCUGGUGUUCAGUUCCCAGUCAAUGAUGGCCUUUGUACUCGAUUUACUACAGAAGUCAUCCUGCGUCGCGCAACUAAGAGUCUGGCUACCGUCAAACUCAUUCCCGCCAAAGACGCGCCUUCAUCUCACAAAGACAAGCUAAAACUAUUCGAAAAGAGUUCCAUCAACCAUGCAGAAAUCCCAGACCUAAUUUCAGAAGCAAAGACAUUCAUGGGCCUUACUGGAGGUAGUACCUUUUCACGUGAUGUUUUGCAGCUGGAAGUCUCUGGUCCCAAGCUGCCUCAUUUGACUCUGGUCGAUCUCCCAGGUUUGAUUCACCAUCCCAACAAAGAGCAGACCGAGGAGGACGUUCAGAUUCCCAAAGAACUAGUCAAAAAGUACAUGUCGCAAGCACGAAGCAUCGUGCUAGCUAUCGUGACGGCAAAAAAUGAUACCUCGAACCAGGUUGUGCUGGAAAUGGCCAAAGCGGCUGAUCCUCAGGGAAAUAGGACGAUGGGUAUUAUCACCAAACCAGAUUGUCUUAUCAAAGACAGUCCCAAUGAGUCAAAUUUCUAUGCCCUGGCUAGCAAUAAAGAAACAUAUUUCAAGCUUGAUUGGCACAUCUUGCGUAACGGUGAUUUCAACGAGCGCAAGGACUCCGCCUUUGAUAGAGAUGCGGUGGAGAAGGACUUCUUUGCAUCGACGAUAUGRAACAACUUACMAAGCCACAAGCGCGGGGUGGAGGCGCUGCGUACCAGACUCAGUCAUGUGUUGUACCAACAAAUUCAGAAAGAAUUACCUAGUCUUCUCAAGGAAAUCGAAAACGAGUUGGCAGCUUGCAAGACGACGUUGGAACGACUUGGUUCGCCUCGCGAUACUCCUGGCAGCCGACGACAGUAUCUAACAGAAAUGGCCGGUCGAUUCCACGACCUUGUUCGAGCGGGUACCGAUGGUAACUACCAGAACUCAUUUUUUCGACCUGCAAGUCUUUCGUUCCUGGGAACCGUUCACAUGCAGAAAACUCGUUUACGUGCAAAUGUGAGAAAGAAGGAGCAGAGUUUCCUCGACAAGAUGCACCGACAUGGACACACCUAUGUUAUUUUAUCUGAUACAGCUUUUGUCAAACCCCAAAAGGCACUACCAGAAUUCGGCUCCAAGGGCGCCCAAUCAAUUAUGGGUGAAAAAGAUUUCCUACGCGAGAUUCAGAUUCUUCUUGAUAAUAGCAAAGGAAGAGAACUCCCAGGAACUUUCACACCUCUUCUUGUCGGUGACUUGUUCAUCCGCCAAUCGAAAAAUUGGAAGCCAUUUGCCAUCGAAUUUGUUGAGGAUGUCUGGAAUAUUGUGAAGCAAUUCUUAGACGAUGUGUUGAUCCAUGUGGCCGAUGAAAACGUGAGGGAAGCGCUACUAGAAGAUAUCAUCGACCCAGCCAUGGAUAAGAUCUUGGUAAACCUCAAAUACAAGGUCACUGAAUUACACUCACCUUAUGCUCGUGGCUCCCCGGCAACUCUCAACCCCCGUUUUGUCAAAGAGCUGGAGAAUCGACGCUCUCAACAAGCCGAAAACUCUACCGUCCAGCCAAGUACUGUACUCGAAAAGACCGGCACUGAAGGCGCUGAUACGCAUGCGUGCCGAGAGUUGCUGCAUCUUAUGCAAGCCUAUUACACUGUUGCUCUGGAUGUCUUUGUAGACAAUGUUUCAAGCCUUGCGGUUGAAAAUUGUCUCAUGAAUGCGCUGGAAGCCUUGCUAUCUCCUCUCACAGUCUCGGAAAUGAGUGACGAAGAGCUCGAAAAUAUUGCAUUUGAAUCACCAGAAGUUCGCGAACUGCGCAGCCAGACACUGGAAAAGCAGUCGUCCCUCCAGAAGAGUUUUGACUUGUGUCGUCGCCAAGCACGAAAGCUGGCUUCGAAUCGUCUCAACAAUGAGGCGCAGAAGACAGAGACCUUGUUGAAAACAGAAGUCACAAAGUCUAAUAUUUUACCAACCGUCUCUACGGUAACUCCUGGAAAGUCCGAAGCAAUCAAGCCUCAACAAUCGGGCCAGAGUGCUUCGGUGCUAGGUUCAGGGGCUUCUUCAACACGGAGUCAGAAUACGUCCCAGGUGUUUGGCUCCUCGCUAUUCUCGACGCCAAGUUCCACUUUAGGCCUGAAUACACCUCAGACUCCUUCUCAGCCUCUAUCCCAGACACCAAGCUCAGGGGCAAGUACUCAGAAUGCACCUCAGACGUCAAAUCCCUCUUCAUUUGCAUUCCGAAAUAACACUCCAGCAUUUGGUCCGCCUCCUACCAAUGUGUCUCCCCUCCAGAAACCCGUCUCGGGGCUCUUUGUGAUACCGCAACAUGGUAUUAAUGACAUUCAACCAUUUGGUUCGCCUCCUACCCGCGGUGGUUUUGGUUCCGCAGGCGGCGCCCAAGUGCAGUCAAAUCCAGCGAAUUCGACGACUACUGCCCGAGCAUCAACUCUUUCUACAAGUACCCCAACGCAGUCAAAUCAGACUAGUCUUUUUGGUACUCCUCAGAAAGAACAAAUAGUGGAGUUCCCCUAUUUCAAAGAUAUUCCAACUAGUUCCCAGAUUGUUCCUGAUAAAACUGAUGGCAUGGAAGGCUGCGAAAAGUGCACUUCAACUGGACGCAAGUGCGAUGGUUACGAGGAUACCCCCUUAGAGGCGCAUGCAGCUGUCCAAAGCCGGCCGUCUAGUGUAACCACCAAACAUCUCAAAGCAACUAGAGCUAGGGCACUAGUCCCAUUGCCAGCGACAGCAACAGGGCACCCUUAUUCCGUAUCGUGGCUCCCAUUCUACGGCGGAGAGCUUCAAAAACGGAAUUUCGACUUCUUUCAGUCGGUGACAUCGUCCGCACUGUCGUCGUUCUAUGGAAGCGAUUUCUGGGCGCAGGAAACGCUGCGAGUCGCGCAUCAAUAUCCGGCUUUGUUUCAUGCCAUUACCGCUUUUGGGAGUAUACAUCACAGCUAUCUGAGCGAUGAGACGCCGUCGGAUGUGCCCCGUAUCGGAACGAAUAACCAAAUAGAGUUUGGACUCUCGGAGUUCAAUAGGGCUAUCAAAUCCAUGUCUGCACUUAUGACGCAAAAGGAACUUUCGAUGGCUGACCAACAGGCCAUUUUGACGACUUGCGUGCUUUUCACGGGCAUUAGCUCUCUUCAGGGAAGACAGUCGCAGGCGUUCAUGCACGUGAAGAAUGGGUUAAGGAUGAUUCAUCAUUGGCGUUUGAGUAAUCGAAUAAUGACACCGGCAGAAAAGAAUGCAGUAGAUAUGCUACUUUUGACUUUUGUCCGGUUGGAUACGCAGAUACGACCGUAUCUGGUUGGUCAGGAAUCUCUUCUGCAAUGGACAGAUGAGGAUAUAGUAGUCGCUUUAUCUCCUCAGCGAACCUUUCAGACUACAUUCGAGGCGUACUUUGAACUGGAAGUACUUUUCAACAAGCUUUUGCGUCUGAAUUUUAAUGCGUACUCAUUCAAACAGCUUGCUUUGGAGAUAGAAUCGUUGAAGAAUCAAGGGGAAAUUUGGGAUCGUCAGUUUACCCACGUAUUGUCUACGAUCACGCCCAAUGCUUCGGAGUUAGAUGCAUUGGACUUUAUUCGACUUCGACGAGAGUACGCAAGGGCUAUUCUAUCCUGUUUAGUCAUUAACGCCAAAAACAAUGUGCAUGAUGAUCUGAUCCCGAUAUACGAGGCAAUAAUUGAAUUUUCUGAAAAGGUUCUUCAAAAGGACAGCCACACGCCACGUCAGGGUGUACCCGAUAGCCAGAAACUCGAACAUCCAAUAUUUGUCCUCGGCAGCACCGUCGUCGAGCCUCUUUUCUUUACUGCCACCCGCUGUCGUGAGCCCACACUUCGCCGCCGCGCAUUGUAUUUAAUGCGCCUGUGCCCUCGCCGAGAGGGUAUUUGUGAGGGCAUGAUGGCCUCGAAAGUCGCGCAAAAAGCCAUCGAAGUCGAAGAACAAGAAUGCUCACGCUGCAUUGACUGGUACAAUAGCCACCCAUUUCCAGCCUCCACGCCGUCUUCCCUUCCUACACUCCCUUCCCCGCAAUUCCUACCAAUAAGAACAUCCCCGCACGCCCAAAACAACAACUUCCGCGCAACCCCCUACCACCAAAAUCGCAAAGAUAGCAGCAACAAAGACGAGAACACAACCGGCGACGGCGAGGAGAAGUCCAUGUUCCGAAACGGGGAAAUGGGUGUGCGAGAAACACAGGGUUGUGGAGACACAGUUCUUGCUGUUUACGGAGAGGCAAAUUAA